AUGGGGUUGGGUGAUGCCGUGGAAAUACGUACCGUCAUCCGAACCAGUGCCAGCAGCUAUGACCGGACCUGCGAUGAAGAAGAAGCAAACCCAAGCAUCACACAGCGCGAACAAGCCGUACAGCACCCAACUGGAGACGUACCAUACCGUUUUCCAGUCGGCGGGCGUACUUGGGGCGGUUCGAAGCGCUAUGCAGCACCGGCCAGCACCCAGAAACACGGCGAGCAGACCAGGAACACUUGA